CGCACAAACACGUACACACACUUCCUGAUCAUGCACGCGGACUUCUGCUCGUGCCGAAACAUUUCCUGCGCACGAGCGCUUCUGUGAUGGUCAUCGCAACUUGGCUCGCGCCUGCUCUCGAAGCACCGAAACAUGCUUUUAUACUUACGGCUCUUAUUUCUCGCGGCUGUGUGUCGCGUGACGGUCAUGAAGAUUGCUCCUACAUCAUCAGAUGUACAAUGUAACAAGUUUUCUGAGUUUUACAACAAAGAUGCACGCAUAUGCUGCAAUAGAUGCAAACCGGGGACCCGCUUGGAGAGACCGUGCACGAGUGUUCAAGACACAGUCUGUUUGCCUUGCCCUGAUGGACAGUACUCUCAAAACGUGAACCAUUUUCACAACUGUCAUUCGUGUCAAAAAUGUUCAAGCUCAAAACAACUGAUGUAUGCACAAAACUGCUCCGCUAUUAAAAAUGCAGUUUGUAGUUGCAAACCUGGACACUUCUGUCCUAAUAGUGUAUCUACAACUACAACUGCAUGUAUGGAAUGUAAACGGCAUAAAUCCUGCAAACCUGGUGAAGGAGUCAUUAUAAAGGGAACACCUACAGCUAAUUCCCAGUGUGGCCCCUGCCGCGAAGGAACAUUUUCAAGCCAGUCUGACACCGAGCCCUGCAAACCACACACACAAUGUGAUGGAGGUUUGGUUCUGCUUCCUGGCAACUCCACAGCCGACACACGGUGUGGGAUGAAGCCAUCAACGACAAUGUCUCCGCACCGGGCAACAACUUCAGAAAUGCUAAAGAAUCGACCUCCGAACCAAAUCCGGGGCGUGACACAGACAGCAGUGUACAUCACAACAUAUCUGCCUACAUUCGCAGGUGUGAAGUCCAGCACAGCUGAAAUUCGAAAGGUCAUUGAAGAAAAGUCCACCUCUGACCUGUUUCCUGUGCCUUUCAUUUACACCGGCAUUGUUGUUGGUUUUUUGCUGGUUGUCCUGACACUGAUAGUAAUAGCGAUAAUCUGCAAAUUGCGAAACAGAAGAGGUUUAGUAAAGGAUGCAAUGACAGACAGCAAGGAGACGGUUCCGAGUCCCCCAGCAAGCGUUGAACCUGAACAACAGUUUCUGUUACCCAGCGACAGUUGUCAAAAAGAGCCCUCCAUGACAUCAUCGGACAGCCUGAGUCAGCCAGACUCAAGCCAGAGUCACAGCAGUGGUGACUGGUUGGAACGCAACAGCCAGGAGGAGUCUCUACAUGAGCAGCUUUCUGUCUCCAGCCCUUUGGUCAACCUUAGCAUCACGGCCACGAUAAACUGCCACUUGAACCCAGCAAUGGCUUCCUGUUCCAUCCCGGUCAGCCCAUCUAUGCUAGCGCCUCAAGCUGAUAUUUCAGUGCCACUGUCUCAGGAGGAGGUCUCUAUCUUCUGCCAGCAAGAGGAUGGUAAAGAAGCCCUUCAGUCAGUUCAGGAGAGCGGUUUUCGUCUGUUCUGAUUGGUAGAUUUGUCAUUUUGCUUCAAGUCUCAGUAAGUGACCAUGUAAACAUUUAUUGUGAUAUUGUUAUUUAAACUGACAGUAAUGCUCAUAUGGUGUUAGUGGUCAACCUAUAUGGGUUUCUCUGUGGAUGAUGAUGAUGGUGACCAAUGUAAACAUGCUAUAUUCGAUCGUACAUAGUUUGUGUUAACAUUAACAAUAGUAAAUUACAUUCAUGUAUACAAAAAAUGCUUAAAAAAAAAACAUUUGUUUAUUAUAUGCCAUACUCAAAAAUAAAAGUUUAGUGUGUUGGUCACAUUAUGUUAACAUGUAUUACGGGGAACUUGGCUAAAAAUAUAGACUCAGUCCAGACUGCAUGCAUUCUGGUUUGCAACACUAGUUGGCCCUAUGGAAAAUAAAGUAAGAAAAUUUAGUACUGAAAGUAAUUAAAAUAUUGGCAAAUUUUGCCAACCUUAUCGACAUAUCGACUGACCACAAUCGCUGAACUUUGCUGACAGUGAUUCUUUACUCAAAAGUGAUCAUGUACUCUUCCUCGUUCACAGAACACAAAAUAAGAUAUUUUGAAGAUAGUUGGAAACUGAACGAUACUGGACCGGUGGACCCCAUUCACUUCUAUUGUAUGGCCACAAAACCAAUGUAAGGGAAUGGGGUCCAGUUAACAACAUCUUCCUAAAUAUCUUCUUUUGUGUUCUGCGGAAAGAAGAAAGUCAUACAGGUUUGAAAUGACAAGAGGACCGUAAAUGAUUACAGAUUUUUUUUUGCAUGAACAACGCUUUAAUGAUUCCUUGCAUCUUCUAACUGUUUAUGUUUUAUAGAUUUUAUAUUUUAUUAUAUAUUGUUGACAUAUUUGUUGCCAAUAGCAGCUGGUGAGGUUAUGAGGAAUGGAACAGAUAUGAAGCUAGUGCCACCGAGUGGUUGGUUUGGUAUUCAAACACUUUUAGUCACAAGUUAGUAUUCUUGAGCUAUAAAGGAGACAAGUGAAUGUGGUCAAGAUUUGUCAUUUGAUAAAGAGAUAAAGGCAGACUAACAAUAAGCUGGGACUGAUUUCAGGGUUAUCCUAAACUUUCAGAAAAGAAGUAACAUGUUCAUGUAAGUUUAACGUGAUUCUGAUUGUCAAAAAUAUUGUAUAUAGUGGAUUAUAUUGUAUUCCAUUGAUUAUAACAGACAUACUUUUUUACAUUUGUAUAUUACUCAGUUGUAUAGGAAUCUUAUUAUUGUAAUAUUUUGUACAUAUAGAUAUUAAUUCAAAAGUGAUUUGCAUAUUAUUUUUGUAGUCACCCAUGAUAUUUUUUUAUUUUUAAAUAAACUCUGUGUAAGAAAGUU